AUAUAUUUUAAAUGCUCAUAUAUAAGAUUCUUAGAAGGUGUUUUUCAACACGGAGUUAUAAACCGCCAACUAAAGAGAUUUUACAUCCAUAUAUAAAUGAACCUGAACACUUAUCUCUUAAUCCAACUUACAAAACUGCUAAAAUUACUGGUUUACAGGAAUUUAUCCCCAAAGAUUACUACAAUCAUUUGAGACUGGAAUCUACCAGAAGUGGUGAGUAUUUGGGUGAUGAUUUUCCUUACAAUUUUCUGGGCAAGGAUCGAGUUUGGCGAAGUCGUAAAUAUAAUGUAAAGGUGAACCCUGCCCCUAUUGAUGUUUCAAGAAUUAAAUGUGUUGAUUUUUACAAGAGGCUUCAAGUGUGGUCUGCACACUGGUUUGAAAAUGGUAUUCGGAGAAUGAGGUGGUUCAGAUGUGCUUAUGGGUUCAAUAGAGCUAAAAAAUCUGCUGAGGAGUUUAGGAAAACUUUAAUAAUGGCCGGUCGUGUUUCCGAUAUGAAAACUGAGAGCCAGAAACGUCUAGAGUCUGAGAGACUCAAAUCACUUAGGGAUUUAAGGAGUAAAAGAUUUGAGUUUGUUGUAAAGAGAAAGUUAUAAUAUUGUGAAUAUUUAA